AAGUUAUGUCUUUUUCCAGACGUCACUCAAUUAUUCAAUAUGAUUACUCUAUUGAUAACGUGAUAUUACAGCGAAUAAACCAAGUUGGUUUUAUUUUUACUCCAACGUUAUCGUUUGCACCUCAUAUUGACUGGAUAAUAGGCAAAGCAUUGAGAUCAUUAGGAUUUAUAAGGCGACAUGCAGGGUCGGUCAUGUCUGUAAGAUGUUUGUUAAUAUUAUAUACUUCUCUUGUUAGAUCGAUUGUAGAGUAUGGAUGUGUGGUAUGGUCUCCAAGGACCAAAUGUGACAUUGUUCGAAUUGAACGUGUUCAGCAUCGUUUCUUGAACAUGGUUUCUCGAUCUAUGGGCAUUAAUCAUGAACCCCACGAUUAUAAGCCCGUCUUAAUAGCACUCAAUUUAUCCACCCUAAGCGAAAGAAGAAAUAUGAGUGACAUUAAACUUUUGAAUGGUUUAGUCUCUGGUGUAAUUGACUCACCAGACUUGUUAUCUAGAAUAGGUUUUCGCAUUUCAGGUACAACUCGUUCUCGUGACCCCUACUACCUUGCUUCAGUGUCAAAAAAUUAUUUGGAAGAUGAUCCUCUAAGGAGAGCUAUGUCUUUAGUUAAUAGUCAAACUAGUUAAACAUUUUUUCUAAUUUAGGUUUGUUCAGUUAUAUUUAAUUUUCAGGAGCCUACUAUGUACUACUAUAUAAUUCUAAUUUAUUGAUAUUCAA